CGUAUAUAAUCAAAUCGAUCAUGGCUGUAGCUGCAACAAUGGAGAAGCCUGUUGAAAACGGAGCCGAGAAGAGCACCGUUGACGAAACUGUCGAGUUUACUAAGCUUAUUAAAGAUCUUAAAGCAAAGAUUAUUGACAUGAAGAACCAAUUAAAACCACUCAAACAAAAAAUUGAUGACAAAAAAGUUGAAACUUCAAAGGGUGUAUCUUUCCUUGAAGUAAAAUAUCAAGUUAUGCUUCAAUAUAUUCUCCAACUCGCAUAUUUUGUUCAUCUUAAAAUUUCUGGAAAGCAAAUCGAAAACAGUCCAGUGAUUGAAUCAUUAGUCGAGCUCAGAGUCAUUCUCGAUAAAAUGAAACCUAUUGAAAACAAACUUAAAUAUCAAAUCGACAAAUUGGUUAGAGCAGCUGUUGUCGAAACCACACAAAAGAAUGAAGAAAAGGCAGCUAUCACUACUUCACAAGCAGUGGCCGCAGACCCUCUUGCAUUCAAGCCCAAUCCAUUGAACCUACUCAAUAAGGAUAACGAUGAUGAGGAUGAAGAGGAUGAUGAAGAUACCAAUGCCGCAGGCGUUUACAGACCACCUAAGCUCGCACCAGUCAAUUACGAUGAAAACGCCGGUAGAAAGAGUGGAAAGAAGGAAAGAGACGAUGCUCGUAUGAAGGAAAAGGCAUCCAGAUCCCGUUUGAUGAAGGAUCUCAUGACCGAAAUGUCUGAGAACCCUGAAGAGAUCGGUGUGUUUGGUGGUGUAAAUGAAGGCACAGGUUAUGGUGAUAAAAUCGAUGGCCUCAUCGCCGAAAAGGAUCGUUACGAAGAAGAUAAUUAUGUUCGUCUUGCUGUUACUCGUAAGGAAAAGCAAAGAUUGAACUCUAAUAAGAAGAUGCGUUUCGAGAGUGAAUUUGAUGUAAGUCGCUAUUGUUUUUCUAUGUAUUGCAUUUUGUACUGACAUGAUUUUAUUAGAACUUGAACGAUUUCUCCAAUUUGAUCGGAUUAGAAAAUGUCGAAGAGCAAGAAAAUGAACGCUAUCGUAAUGUUCUUAACCGUAAGAAGAAUAAGGGCGAAGUCUAUGAAGGCGGAAAUAAGCGUGUCAGAGGUGAUGGCGAUGAUGAUAAUGAUGGAGAUAACUUCCAUGGAUUAUUUGAUGGUGAGCGUACAGGAAGUAACCAAUUCUCAAACGCAAGAAAUAAGAAGAGGACCGGUAAAUCAAAGAAAAGAAGAUCAUAGAGUCUUUUCUUUUGUAAUUAGUUAUUAUAUUAAAAAUAAAAAAAUAAAAAAAAAAGCACAUUGUCAU